CCCUUUCUCUCGGCGGUGGGUCGGUGCCGCUGUCCCUGGCCUCGCAUGUUUCCCUCUGGAUUCCUGCUUUCAGUUUGAUACCCCCUCUUUUAGAUGUGCCUCAUUUGAACGCCUUUGAAGGGCCACAGUCGGGCGUCCGUGCAGUGGACUAAAGUUGCCCCAACCGUUUUAUUUUGAGGCGUUUCGAGGCUACAACCCCGAACAUGUCUGUCAGCGGAUCGUCUGGGCCGAUUGCCCGGCUCGAGGGCCGUGAAUUCGAAUACAUGAUGAAGAAGCGCUCGGUGACCAUCGGCCGGAACUCCUCUCAGGGAUCCGUAGACGUGAGCAUGGGCCACUCGAGCUUCAUCUCUCGGCGGCACCUGGAGAUAUUCACGGCCAGCGACGACGGCACCGGCAGCGGGGAUUUCUACCUGCGGUGCCUUGGUAAAAACGGGGUGUUUGUGGACGGAGUGUUCCUCAGACGGGGUGCCCCUCCUCUGCAGCUACCGCGAAUGUGCACUUUCAGGUUUCCCAGCACAAACAUUAAGAUCAACUUCACAGCCCUGUCCAGCUGGAAGAAAGCCAAGCGAGAGGCACCAGAGUCCCCAGUGAAACCAGUUCAGCCUCAGAUCUCCCCCCUUACCAUCAACAUUCCAGACAACAUUGCUCACCUAAUGAGCCCCCUGCCAUCGCCCACUGGCACCAUCAGCGCUGCUAACUCCUGCCCCUCCAGCCCGCGGGGGGCGGGCUCCUCAGGCUACAGGAUGGGGAGUCGCAUGGUCGGCUCUGUGGAGCUGCAGCUUAUUAAUGACAACUCCCAGCCUGAGAACGACAAAGAUGCCUCUGGAGGAGACAGUCCCAAGGACGACUCCAAACCACCGUACUCCUAUGCACAGCUGAUAGUCCAGGCCAUAACUCUGGCUCCGGACAAGCAGCUCACACUAAACGGAAUCUACAAUCACAUCACCAAGAACUACCCGUACUACAGGACGGCAGACAAGGGCUGGCAGAACUCGAUCCGUCACAACCUGUCUCUGAACCGUUAUUUCAUCAAAGUGGCGAGGUCACAGGAGGAACCGGGAAAAGGUUCCUUCUGGAGGAUAGACCCGUCCUCAGAGGCCAAGCUCAUCGAGCAGGCUUUCAGGAAACGAAGGCCCCGGGGGGUGCCCUGCUUCAGAACCCCACAUGGACCCCUCUCCUCCAGGAGCGCCCCAGCUUCUCCCAAUCAUUCAGGGGUUCUCUCAGCUCACUCCAGCGGGGUCCAGACCCCAGACAGUCUAUCUCGGGAGGGCUCCCCUGUUCCCCUUGAACCAGAUACUUCUUCCGCUCCCCCCCCGGUUUCCACCGCCACAGUCCAGCCCAAACUGGCUGUGAUCCAGGAAGCACGCUUUGCACAAAACACACCAGGCUCGCCUGUUAGCAACCAGCCGGUACUCAUAGCAGUCCAGCGUCAGUUACCUCAAACCAUUAAGCCAGUGACUUACACCAUGGCCUCCCCAGUGAGCACCAGCAGCUCCCAGCCCGCUGUCCAGACUGUCCACGUCCUGCAGCAGAUCCCAGCCGGGUCCACGGUCAUCGCCCAGCCCGCCACCAUCAUCAAGAGCGAGCCGCAGGAGAACGGGGAGCACACGGAGGUCAAAGUCAAAGUAGAGACUGUUUCAGCCAUCAGUGCUGUCGGCGCCUCCAGUCGCAUCAUCCAGAGCUCCCAGUCGGCCACGCCCCUGCAGACGGUAACCAUCGUGCAGCAGGCCCCCGUGGGUCAGCACCAGCUGCCCAUUAAGGCCAUCACACAGAACGGCCACAGCAUCACCACCGCCCUCCAGGCUCCUUCCAGCCAAGCGAGCCCCCUCCACCUGCUGGCGACCCACGCCUCUGCCUCCGCCUCCCUCCCCACCAAGCGGCUGAACGGAGACCAGACGGCGAGCGAGCAGCCGGACGCCAAGCGCGUGAAAACCGAGGAGGAGUCGGCACCGACUGCCGCGGCAGAGACGGACUCGCCGGCAGCCAACGACCAACCAAAUUAGUCCGUUCGACCUCUCAACACAGAACCCCACCACGCCCCCCCCUCACCCACCGCCUCUCUUUAUCUCGUCCCCGUCGUUUUCGUUUCUCCUCCUCCUGCAGCUCAGAACCACGGUGCCAAACGGAGAAGACCUUUUUCCCUUUCAGUUCGGUUUUCCUUUAAAAGAACAACAAAUGGCCACCAUUGAAAAACAGGAAUGUGAGGAACAAAGGAACCUGAAGGUUUUCUGUGUGCGCUGUGACUGAAGCCAGAAACAGGAAACCUUUAGCAACAGCAAACCCUUAAACGAGCCGGGCUUCGACCGAGCGGAGGAGGCCCGGAGUCGUUCAGGCUGGACGCCGCCUUUCUGUCGCAUCUACCUCAGAGCAGAUCGGAGCAGCCAGCAGGAAACGCCGCCCCCUACCCCCGCCCCAACCCGUCACAACCGAUCGGGACGCGUGACCAACCGAGCGACGAGUACGACGAGCAUUCAGCAAUUAAUAUAUCAGUUUUUCUAUUCCUAAUUAAUAAAUAAAGUCAAAGGGAUCAACUUGGAGCCAAUCUGUAAUUCAGGCAGCUAGCCUCUCACAUUACUGACCCUCCUUAACCGCAGCUGUACGUAGAAAUGCAGUAUUCUGUUGUUCAAGAUGUGGAGCAUAGCAGUUUUUUUUAAUGUAUUUACACUUAACUAGAAAAAUUAUAAAUUAAAGGAAGCUUUCAAAGCGCUGACAUUUCAGAAACUAAGUUA